AUGGGAAUACAAGGCAUAGACGUCGAUGGAAAGCUCGACCGCACACGUAGUGCAUCGAGUAUAAGCGUUGUGCCGCAUGAUCCGAUAGAAGGGGCGGCGUUGAACAGGAAUGAUGUCCACUCCCGCGAUGGAGAGUCUUUCGAUGAUGUUCCCGCAGCGAAACGGACUAUCGGCCUCGUCUCCGCCAUCUUCCUCAUUUUCAACCGCAUCAUCGGCACAGGGAUCUUUGCGACGCCUUCGUCUAUAUUGGCAAGUACGGGCUCGGUUGGGUUGGCCUUGUUUAUGUGGGUCAUCGGCGCGAUCAUCGCGAGCACCGGCUUGGCGGUGUACAUCGAGUUUGGCACAGGUCUUCCUCGCUCGGGCGGCGAGCUCACAUACCUUAGCUAUAUCUUCACCAAGCCCAAAUAUCUCGCGAUUGCAGCGUACGCAGCGUAUGCCGUGAGCAUGCCCUGGCCGGCGGGAAACUCGACCGUAUUCGGCGAAUAUAUUCUUCUCGCAGCGGGGAAGGAGGUGACGCAGUGGAACCAGCGCGGGAUCGGCAUCGCUUGCGUCACAUUUGCGCUCAUCAUGCACAGCGUGUUCCUCAAGUGGGGACUUCGGCUGCAAAACGCGCUUGGCACGUUCAAGAUUAUCAUAUUGCUCCUCAUCGCGUUCUCGGGCUUUGGCGCUCUUGCGGGGCAUGUCAAGCUUCCUCAAGACGAGAAGCCGCACAACUUCAGGAACGCGUUCGAGGGCACGUCCAGCAAUGCUAACGCGUUCGUCACCGGUCUUUACAAUGUCAUCUGGUCGUUCAUUGGCUACUCAAAUGUCAACUACGCAUUAUCGGAGGUCCGGAACCCAGUUCGGACUCUUAAGAUUGCCGGCCCGUUGGCGAUUGGCUCGGUGACCAUCGUCUACAUGCUCGUCAACGUCGCGUACUUUGCGGCCGUCCCUAAAGCCGACAUCCUCACAUCGGGACGAACUGUCGCGGCACUCUACUUCCGUAACAUGUUCGGCACGCAAGCGGAAAAGGCCCUGAGCGUGUUCGUCGCACUCAGUGCGCUCGGCAACGUCAUGUCUGUUCUGUUCUCACAAGGACGCAUCAACCAGGAGCUCGGGCGUAUCGGAGUCCUGCCCUUCUCUAAGUUCUGGGCAUCGAACAAGCCGUUCAAUGCUCCUGCCGCCGGCCUCGCGCUGCAAUGGCUGGUUUCAGUCAUCGUCAUCCUCGCACCUCCUCCGGGUGAUGCUUUCAACUUCGUCUUGAAUUUGGUUUCCUAUCCGUUGGCCAUCAUCAACGCCUUCAUCUCCGCCGGCCUUCUCUUCCUCUACACCCCUUACUCUAAGCGCGCAGGCUUCGAUUGGGCCCCGCCCUUCCGCGCCUCGUGGCCCGUUGUCCUCUUCUUCUUCCUUUCCAACGUCUUCCUCUCCAUCGCGCCGCUCGUCCCGCCAGCGCCAGGCAUGAGUCCUUACAUCAGUCUGCCGUACUGGCUGCACGUUGUAGUGUCGCUCGGCGUGUUCGCCGUCGGGGGUAUAUAUUGGGUGGUCUGGGCCCGCGUGCUGCCGCAUGUGGGCAAGUACCGCUUGGAGCGGCACAUAGAGAUUCAGGACGAUGGAGUGUCGAGGAGCGUGUUCACAAAGGUAAAGGAAGACUAG